AUGCAGUUCACAACUCUCGCUCUGGCCACACUGCUAAGUGUUGCUCAAGCCUCCGUUCAGGUCCAUAAAGUCGAUGUCGGCAAAAACCCACUCACAAACGAGACUGCCCUGAAAUUCUACCCCGAUAAGAUCACCGCCAAGCCAGGUGACAUGGUCCAAUUUCAGUUCUGGGUUGGUAACCAUAACGCCAUGCAGACGACUUUUGACCAGCAGUGCCAACCCAUCUCCAAACACAGUCCUAACGUGACCGGCUUCGACUCUGGUUUCCAACCUGCCCAGGCCAGUCUUGACAAGGGUCUGAUUUCCGUCUAUACCGUCAAGAUCAACAGCACCGCGCCUAUCUGGGUAGCUUGCGUGCAGGGCCGUCACUGCCAAGACGGCAUGUCUAUGGUCAUCAACGAAAACACUAGCGCAAACAGUAGCCGGUCUUUGGAGAACUACCGGCUCCAGGCCAAGUCUGCACAAAGCUCUGCGGGAACUCCUGGCGGUGGUUCUAACGGCGGCUCCGGCAACAACGGAGGAGAAUCAAGCACUCCUGGCUCUGGAGACACACCCACCCCUGUUGGAAACCAGUCCCCAACAACGUCUGCUCCGCUUAGUGCUGGUAUCAACCUGGCUGUACCGAGCACCCUACUGAUAGCCCUCGGUGUUGGAUUCAUGUUCUUGUAA